AUGAGUACAAGUCAGCGUCCAUUUUCGUUGCAUCACGGCAGCAUUGAAUAUACAUUAUUGGUCCCUGCCAGCUUGUUUUUCAAUUUUACAAGAUUGAAAGAACAGUUCGUUAAAGAACUCCCUGAGCCAACAGAAGGAUUUGCAGGAGAUGACGAACCGUGCUCUCCAGCUGAAUUAUUCUCUAAGUUUUUGGGAUACGUUGCAGGUUUAGUACAACUGGAAGGUGAUCAUGACCAGUUGAAGGAGAUUUUGGCAUUCGCAUUGCAGGACUUCGAAUCCAGAUAUUUAUCUACAUCGGAUAUCCACACAUUGGCUGCCGAUCUCUAUGGCGACGAUACAUACGAGACGAGCUUGCCUAAGCUGAAAGAGUUGAUUAAAAACUACUUCAACGCCUUAAUAAAUUCAGAUGCUAAUGUAAAUAAGGUAGAAUCCGAUUUGUUGAAAAACUCAGGAACACUUAAUAAGAAAACUAACCGUGCAAAGAUUUACGCAAUCUUUGGUGGUCAAGGAAAUAUAGAUGAUUACUUCGAAGAGUUGAGAGAAUUGAAGAGUAUGUACAAUGGCUUGGUUGAGGAUUUGAUCCAAGUGGUAGCUGAAAAAUUGAACCAAUUAGUGAAGACAACAGAAAAUGUCGAUAAAAUAUAUACUCAAGGUCUUGAUAUUUUGACUUGGUUGCAAGAUCCUGACCAGACUCCCGAUCAAGACUAUUUAUUAUCUGUACCAGUCAGCUGUCCUUUAAUUUGUCUUAUCCAAUUAUGUCACUACACUGUUACUUGCAGGACCAUGGGUCUCACUCCAGGGGAAUUUAGAAGUUAUUUAAGUGGAACUACGGGUCAUUCACAAGGCUUGGUUACUGCAACAGCCAUUGCAUCAUCGGGAUCAUGGGAAUCUUUUGUUUCAAAUUCUUUGAAAGCAGUUGCUCUCAUGUUUUUCGUAGGCGCAAGAAGUUUGAUCACGUAUCCAAGCACAACAUUACCUCCAACGAUGUUACAGGACUCGUUGAAUAAUGGAGAAGGUACCCCAUCUCCAAUGUUGUCCAUCAGAGACUUAUCAAUACAAGAAGUUGAACGUUUCAUUGGGGAAACUAAUAAGCACUUACCAAAAGAGAAGCACAUUGGCAUUUCUUUGGUCAAUGGUGCUAGAAACUUAGUUCUUUCAGGUCCACCUGAAUCUUUGUAUGGAUUUAACUUAUCAUUAAGAAGUCAUAAAGCUCCGGCUGGGUUAGACCAAGCUAGAGUUCCUUACAGUGAGAGAAAGCUCAAGUUUUCAAAUAGAUUCUUGCCGAUUUUUGCUCCUUUUCAUUCUCAUCUCUUAAUACCGGCAACUGACGUUAUAAUCAAAGAUUUGAUUAACGACGGUAUUCAAUUCAAGGUUCAGGAUAUAAAAAUCCCAAUCUAUGACACUUUUACAGGAGAAAAUUAUCAAAAUUUAGAUGAGUCAGAUAAUAUUGUGAUUUCAAGAAUUGUCGAGUGUAUCACAAGGCUUCCUGUUAACUGGGAAAAGGCAACCAGCUUCCCUUCAACCCAUUUAUUGGACUUUGGACCCGGUGGUAGCUCAGGUCUCGGUGUAUUAACACAUAGAAAUAAGGACGGAACUGGAACUAGAAUCAUAGUUGCAGGGGCUUUAGAUAUUAAUAAUGACGAUGAAUAUGGAUUCAAACAAGAAAUCUUCAACAGAAAGCCAAAUUCUGUGAAAUGGGCACCCAACUGGUUAGAAGAAUAUAAAGCAAAGUUGAUUAAAACAAAGCUUGGUAAGGUUUAUGUUGAUACGAAGUUCUCUAAAUUAUUGGGGAGAGCACCUUUGAUGGUUCCGGGUAUGACUCCAACUACUGUGAAUCCGGAGAUCGUCGCAGCUACUAUUAAUGCAGGUUAUCAUAUAGAGUUAGCUGGAGGCGGUUAUUUCGAACCACACUCAAUGGAGAAAAGCUUGAGGGAAGUUGCUGCUAACAUUACACCAGGUUACGGAAUAGGCUUAAACUUGAUUUAUGUCAGUCCCAGAAUGUUACAGUGGGGUAUUCCGUUGAUUAAAAGCUUGCGGGAAAGAGGGUUCCCAAUCCAAUCAAUGUCAAUUGGUGCUGGUGUACCUUCUUUAGAAGUUGCCACUGAAUAUAUACAAGAUCUUGGAUUGACGCACUUGGGUUUAAAGCCCGGGUCUGUUGAUGCUAUUCAUCAAUCUAUUGCCAUCGCCAAGGCCCAUCCAAACUUUCCAAUUGUAUUACAAUGGACAGGUGGAAGAGGUGGUGGACAUCAUUCUUAUGAGGACUUCCAUCAGCCAGUUUUGCAGAUGUAUUCAAAGAUAAGAAGAUGCCCUAACAUUAUAUUGGUUGCAGGUUCGGGUUUUGGUUCCGAUGAGGAUUCAUAUCCUUACUUAACUGGUGUAUGGUCUCAGAAAUUUAACUAUCCCCCAAUGCCGUUCGAUGGUGUCUUGUUUGGAUCAAGAGUGAUGACUGCUAAGGAGGCGCAUACUUCUUUGGAAGCAAAGAAGGCAAUUGCAGCUUGUUCUGGAGUUCCUGAUCUGAAAUGGGAGCUGACUUACAAAAAGCCUACUGGUGGUAUCAUUACAGUCAAGUCGGAGAUGGGUGAGCCCAUUCAUAAGAUUGCCACUAGAGGAGUAAUGUUCUGGAAAGAGAUGGAUGACACAAUCUUCUCUUUACCCAAGAAUAAAUUAUUGGACACAUUGAACAAAAAGAAGGAUUACAUUAUUUCUAAGUUGAACAAAGACUCUCAGAAGCCUUGGUUUGGAAAGAAUGCGAAUGGAGUGUGUGAUUUAGAAGAUAUGACAUACGAACAAGUAGCCAACAGACUAAUUGAACUCAUGUAUGUUAAGAAAUCAGAACGUUGGAUUGACCCCACUUUAAGAAACUUUUGUGUUGAUUUCUUAAGAAGAGUGGAAGAAAGAUUUACCACAACUUCUGGAUCCGUCUCAAUGAUCCAAACUUAUACACAAUUACAAUCUAAUCCUCUGACUUUUGUCGAGAAUUUUUUCGAUAAGCUUCCAUUAGCUAAAGAACAACUUGUAUCUGAAGAAGAUUGUGAUUUCUUCUUAAUGUGUUGUUCUAGACCAGGACAAAAACCUGUGCCAUUCGUUCCUGUGUUGAAUGAAAAAUUCGAAUUUUUCUUCAAGAAAGAUUCCUUAUGGCAAUCUGAAGACUUGGAAGCCGUCGUUGAUGAAGAUGUUCAAAGAACUUGUAUUUUACAUGGCCCAGUUGCAGCGCAAUUUACCAAUAAAGUGAAUGAGCCUAUAAAGGACAUUUUGGAUUCUAUCCAUAAUGGGCAUAUCAGAAGACUCCUUGAAGAUUCAUAUGAUUCUGACGAGUCAAGCAUUCCGGUAGUUGAAUACUUCGGCGGUUCUGAUCCAGUUGAUAUCAAGACCUUACCUCACGUUAAUAUCGAAAGAGAUCAAAACAAAACUAUCUUUAAAAUUGGUUCAGCAUUACCAUCAAAAGAAGCUUGGUUCGAUUUAAUCGCAGGACCAAAGUUGGAUUGGAUGCAUGCUUUUAUCUCUACUCAAAGGAUUGUGCAGGGAUCUAAUCAUGUCUCAAACCCACUACAUGACAUCUUGAGCCCUUCUCCUAAUAUUGUUUUAGAGAAGUCCGAUGGUAUUACUUUAUUCGAACCUUUAGCUGGAGAGUUGAGGCCCAUCGUUGAAAUAAAAAUGAUUGGGAAAGAUACAAUCCAAUUGAACAUGAUCGAGUACAGGACGGCAGAUGCUGAACCUGCAUCUUUACCUUUCUUGUUCAGAUAUAAUCCUAAAGAUGGGUUUGCACCUAUAUUGGAAGUAAUGGAAGGAAGAAAUGAAAGGAUUAAAGAAUUUUACUGGAAAUUAUGGUUUGGAUCUAAAGUGCCAGUUGAUUUUAACAUUGAUGUCACGAAGCCAAUACAAGGCGAGGAGAUAACCAUUACUGGUAAAGCUAUUUCCGAAUUUACUCAUGCUAUUGGUAACAAGUGCGAAGCAUUUGUAUCUAGGCCUGGUAAAGUUACCUUAGCUCCUAUGGAUUUUGCUAUCGUUAUAGGAUGGAAAGCUAUUAUGAAAGCAAUCUUCCCGAAGACUGUUGAUGGAGAUUUAUUGAAGUUAGUUCAUUUGUCUAAUGGAUAUAAUAUGAUUCCUGGUGCAGAACCUUUGAAAAAAGGCGACGUUGUUACUUCAUCGGCAGAUAUACGAGCUGUAUUGAUUCAGUCGUCGGGUAAGCUUGUUGAGGUAGUGGGUACAAUUUAUCGUGAUAAUAAGGCUGUGAUGGAAGUCACAUCUCAGUUCUUAUACCGUGGUGAGAAUAUUGACUUCGAAAACACUUUCCAAAGGGUUACAGAGACUCCAUUUGAAGUUGCUAUUAAGUCUUCUAAAGACCUUGCAAUAUUAAGAUCUAAGGAAUGGUUUGAAUUAGAGAAGGAUCUUGAUUUGAUGGGUAAAGUUUUGACCUUCAGAUGCGAGUCUACGUAUAAAUUUAAAUCAGCAAAUGUUUAUUCUUCAAUAAGAACCACAGGUAAAGCAUACUUGGAAUUACCGACUAAAGAGAUAAUAGAAGUAGGCUCCAUUAACUAUGAAGCUGGAAAAUCUUAUGGUAAUCCGGUAACUGACUACCUUGCUAGACAUGGCAGUACUAUUGAGCAAGCUGUAACAUUUGAAAACAGUAUUCCUAUUUCUUCUGGAGAAGAGUUGUCGUCAAAGGCGCCAGGUACAAAUGAACCAUACGCUAAGGUAUCAGGUGAUUAUAACCCAAUUCACGUUUCUAGAGUUUUUGCUGCUUAUGCUAAGCUUCCAGGUACAAUAACUCACGGUAUGUAUUCAUCAGCUUCAGUAAGAGGUUUAGUUGAGUUAUGGGCUGCCAAUAAUGUUGCCUCUAGGGUUAGAGCUUUCAAGAGUUCAUUUGUGGGUAUGGUUUUACCGAACGAUGUAUUACAAACUACAUUGCAACAUGUUGGUAUGAUCAAUGGUCGUAAGAUCAUCAAAUUCGAGACCAGGAAUGUUGAAUCCGAUACUGCUGUUCUUGUUGGUGAAGCUGAGAUCGAGCAACCGAUAACCACAUAUGUCUUUACUGGACAAGGUUCUCAAGAACAGGGUAUGGGAAUGGACUUGUACAAUUCCUCUGAAGUCGCCCGCGAAGUUUGGGAUAGAGCUGACAGACACUUUGUUAGCAACUACGGUUUCUCAAUCCUUGAUAUUGUUCAAAACAAUCCAAAGGAAUUGACUGUUCAUUUUGGUGGUACCAAGGGAAGAAAGAUCAGAGACAAUUACAUGGCAAUGAUGUUCGAAACAAUUGGUGAGGAUGGUGAUAUCAAGUCUGAACAAAUUUUCAAAGAUAUUGACUACUCAACUACCUCUUAUUCUUUUGUUUCUCCUGUUGGUUUAUUAUCCGCAACUCAAUUUACUCAACCUGCAUUGACUUUAAUGGAAAAAGCCUCUUUUGAGGAUAUGAAGGCGAAGGGAUUAGUGGAUUCUGAUGCUAUGUUCGCUGGUCACUCUUUGGGUGAAUAUUCGGCCUUAUCUUCUUUGGCUAAUGUCAUGCCAAUUGAAUCAUUAGUUGAUGUUGUCUUUUAUAGAGGUAUGACAAUGCAAGUCGCUGUCCCUAGAGACGAAUUGGGUAGGUCUAACUAUGGCAUGUGCGCAGUGAAUCCUACUAGAGUCAGUCCAACUUUCAAUGAUGCUGCCUUGCGUUUUGUUGUUGAUGAAAUAUCUUCUAAAACUGGCUGGUUGUUAGAAAUUGUCAAUUAUAACGUUGAGGAUACGCAAUAUGUUACUGCCGGUGACUUGAGAGCAUUGGACACAUUAACCAACGUGUUGAAUGUCAUGAAGGUAAAUAAAAUUGAUAUCGUAAAGUUGCAAGCGACUAUGUCAAUCGAGGAAGUAAAGAGCCACUUAAAUGAAAUCAUCGAGGAAGUAUCUGCUCAAUCUAUUGCAAAGCCACAACCAAUUGAUUUGCAAAGGGGUUUUGCAGUUAUUCCUUUGAAGGGAAUUUCUGUGCCUUUCCAUUCGUCUUAUUUAAUGUCUGGUGUCAAGCCUUUCCAAAGAUUCUUGGAGAAGAAAGUUCCAAAGUCAUCUGUCAAGCCACAAGAUUUGGUAGGAAAGUAUAUUCCAAAUUUAACUGCUAAGCCAUUUGAAGUCACUAAAGAAUACUUUGAAGAGGUUUACAGUUUGACCAAAUCAGAGAAGCUCAAAUCUAUCAUCGAUAAUUGGGAUUCUUACAACUCAUGA